AUGUUAAAUCUAAAACCCGAAGUCGAUACCGUGGAGUAUAGCGAGAGAGGGACGAUUCAACAGAACCACGGACGUCAUCAUCAUGCUGUUGUGGUGCAAGGCAAUGAGGAUGAGCCGGGAAGUGUUUAUCAACUGAGUUGGAAGACAAUUAUAGCUUUUAUCUCUCUCUCAAUGGCAAAUUCUUGUGCUGCUCUGGCCAACACCGCCAACACCGUCAUAAAGUUUCAGGUCGCCUCUGUUGCUAAAAGUCCAGCAGAUGCAGCUCUCGCAUCAUGGAUUGCCAACGGAAGUUUUCUCGUCGUUGUCGCUCUUGGUCCGAUUUUUGGUAGUCUGAGCGACAGAGUGGGAAAGAAAUGGUUUAUGGUUUGCGGUGCCAUUCUUGGCUUGAUUGGAAGUAUAAUUGCAGGAAAAGCAGACAAUAUUCUCCAGAUCAUCGGAGGCAACAUCUUGAAUGGAGCUGCUAAUGCUGGAUGUAUUGUAUCAAUCUCAGCAAUCCAGGAGAUCAUUCCGAACAAACUUCGUCCCUGGGCUAUGGGAGCCUCACAAGCCAUGGCUAGCGCUUUCGUUGUUCUUGACACUUUUCUUGCUGCCGCUUUUGUCAAGAUGAAUGCCGGAGGAGCUGAUGGAUGGAGAUGA